GUGAUGAAGGGUUCUGCAGAGGAUGAUAAUGAUAAUGAGAAACCCGAGGAUGGACGUCUGGAGUUGAUGGUGCUCACCUCUGAGAACGGAUGGUCAUACACAGAGUUCAGUAUGAGAAGGAGCUGUGAUAUUUAUGUUAACAAGGAGGUGAUGCGUGUAUGGUAUAAAAUUCUAAAGAAUCUGGAUGAGUGUUUUGGCAACCAUGUGGAUGCAGGUAAGGAACUCACUCCAUAUGUGUUAAUUGGAACGCCUGGAAUUGGCAAGUCCUUUGCAGCUGGUUCAUUCCUCCUCUACCAACUGUUGCACUACAAUGCAAAAAAACUCCCAGUGGUUGCGCAUUUCAUUAGGGGUAGGGCCUAUCUGUUUGAAAAGAAGAGUGAUGGUGGAAAGGUGACUUGGUACGAAGAAGAAAUGGCAGUAAGUGUUGUA